ACAAUAAUAGAGGGGGGAGGGAUAGAUAUAUAUGGAGUACGUACCUGAGAAAAAGGAAGGAAGGAAGCAAGGACGAGAGGGGUAAAACUUAUCCGGCUGUGUUUGUUUGACACAGACAAAUAUGGCUACGGUGGGAGGCAUUUCCGAAGCCAAUGGAUCCCAAAACAGCCUUGAAGCCGAACAACUUGCUCGCCUCGCCCUCUCUCAACAUAACGCCCGAACGAAUUCGAAUUUGGAGUUUGGGAGAGUGGUGAAAGUGGGGAAGCAGGUGGUUGCCGGGACAAUGCACCAUAUAACGCUGGAGGCAAACGACGGGGGUCAUAAAAAGGUGUACGAAGCUAAGGUGUGGGAGAAGCCAUGGGAGAACUUCACGGAAUUGCAAGAGUUCAAACUCGUUACCGAAACUGCCCCUCUUUCUUCUUCUUAGCUCACUCAAUAAGGCUAGUGUGCGCUCUUAUCUGCACUAGUAGUACUUUUGGAAAAUAAAGUCUCAUGUUAUGAUGAUCAAAUAUAAAACUAAACCACCUCCUAGGGAGAGUGUGGUUAAUGAACCAUGAUCAAUAAUACUAUAAUGAUUUCUGAGUGCCUUUCAAGUUUUUCCUCUUCAUUGGUGUUUUUUUUGUUUUGUUUUAUGCCUUUUUGGUGGAACCCCAUUGUUUGGUUUCUUUGUUUAUCAAAUGCUCUCGUUAAUAUGAUGCAUAAUAAUGAUAAUGCAUGCCACAAACUCACAUGUGAGGCUCAUAUUGGUUUUAUUCAACUUUUGCAACCUCAUGAUAAUACCUAAGAGAUAAUUUAAUGGGCAGGGAAAAUAAAUUUGGAACUCUCCAGAAAAGGAAUGUGUGCACAAGGUGGAUUUGGAAGGUUGAAUGCGGUUGCUUUCGUGAAUUAUUAGAGCUGAUGUUUGCCAAAGAUUGCACAAGAAAUUUACAGCUUUGUA